AUGUUUGUCAAACACAAUGCAAAUAAGGUUGUUGUACUUAUUGUAUAUGUGGAUAACAUAGUAGUGACAGGAAAUGAUGAGGAGGAAGUGACGCAUCUCAAGAGGCAAUUGGCCAAGAAAUUUGAGAUCAAAGAUCUUGGCCCUUUGAGAUACUUUCUUGGAAUUGAAGUUGCUAGAUCUGACAAAGACAUCUUUAUUUCUCAAAGGAAGUAUGUUCUAGAUCUUCUUGGAAAAACUAGCAUGUUGGGUUGCAAACCUUCUGAUUCACCCAUUGAAGCUAACCAUCGUCUCUGCAGUGGUGUUGGUGAUAAGGAUAGGUACCAAAGACUUGUGGGAAGACUUAUAUAUUUAUCCCAUACUCGUCUCGAUAUUGCUCAUGCAGUCGGAAUAGUGAGUCAAUUCAUGCAUGAUCCUCGUGCAACAUAUUUAGAUGCAGCUUAUUGCAUUUUGAGGAAUGAAAGCUGGAGGAAACAAAUGAAAGUUGUUGGUGAUGCUUGUGUGCCUGUUGUGCUGUUGGAGACUUGA